GUCGGUGGUGGAAAAGCUCCGGAGUGAGAGCUCUCCUCCGUGUCGGGCAGCAGACGAUCUUCGUCUGGUGCGAGCCGUCGUGUGUGUCGGCCAGCGGAGAGAGACGCAGAGCACCGCAGCGGCAGGAUGGGGAAGAAACAGAAGAAAUCCGGAGAGGACAGUGCCAAAGAUGACGGAAUCGACAUUGACGCUCUGGCGGCCGAGAUCGAAGGAGCUGGAGCCUCCAAGGAGCCGAAAGGGAAGAAGAAGAAGAAGGGAGCCAAGAAAGACGAGUUUGAUGAGGAGGACAUCCUGAAGGAGCUGGAGGAGCUGUCUCUGGAGGCUCAGGGAGGGAAGGGAAAGAAAUCAGAUACCACAGAGGAAGUGGACAGCGUCGAGCCUCCAAAACCAGAGAAGAAGAAAACUAGGAAGGGGAAGAAGGGCGGCGCCAGCCCCGAGGACGAGGAGGACGAGGAAGGUGAAGCUCAGCUGAAUGAUGAGAGGAACGGAGAGCAGAGAGACAACAAGAAGGCACCGCCCGCUGCUUCUCCCUCCGACUCUGACGACGACAGUGGCUCACGCUCUCGCCUCAAAACCAAAGAAGGUAAGAAGAUGAGCAAAAAAGCUUCAGUGUCUGAUGAUGAUGAGGACAAAGGUGUGAGAGGAGGAGGAGGGAAGGAAGACGACGACGAGUCAGACGAUGAUGAGUUCAGCUCCAGGAGAGACAAGAAGAAGAAGAACAAAGGCAAGGCGGCGAAGGUGGACAGCGAGGAGGAGCAGGACGAUGAGGAGGGAGGAGGCUUCAAAAUGAAGACGGCGGCGCAGAAGAAGGCAGAGAAGAAGGAGCGCGACAAGAAGAAGAAGGAGGAAGAGAGGUUGAAGCAGAAGAAGCUGAAGGAGAAGGAGGCCAGCAGCGACAUCAAGAUGGAGCCAGAGAAGAUGACGACAGAGGCCACACCCCCUCCAACAGCUCCACCUGCAGCAGUGUCGGAGGAACAGGAAGGGGCGGAGCCUGCAGCAGAGGACGAGGCCGAGGGCGACAAGAAGAAGAAAGACAAGAAGAAGAAGAGAGACAAGAAGGAGGAGGAGAAGGAGAAGAAGAAGGGACCCAGCAAGGCCACAGUGAAGGCCAUGCAGGAGGCUCUGGCCAAGAUGAAGGAGGAGGAGGAGCGAGCCAAGAGGGAGGAGGAGGAGCGCCUGAAGAGGCUGGAGGAGCUGGAGAAGCAGCGGGAGGAGCAGGAGCGACUGGAGCUGGAGCGCAAGGAGAAGAAGAAGCAGAAGGAGAAGGAGAGGAAGGAGCGUCUGAAGAAGGAGGGCAAGCUGCUAACGAAAGCCCAGCGGGAGGCUCGAGCUCGGGCCGAGGCCACGCUCAAGAUGCUGCAGGCUCAAGGUGUUGAAGUGCCAUCCAAAGACUCGAUGCCAAAGAAGAAGCCAAUUUACACGAGGAAGAAGAAGCCCACCACCCAGACUCCUGAAGAGGUCACUUCACCGACGUCGGAGACUCCAGAGCCCGUUGCCAUGGAAACAGAGGUCAAGACGCCGGCCACAGAGCCAGAGGUGAAGCUGGAGGCUGCUGUGGACGACUGGGAGGCCAUCGCCACCGACGAGGAGAAAGAGUUGAAGAAAGUCCACAUCGAGGUGAAGGAGGAGCCCACCGGCCAACCUCAGCCAGCAGGCAGCGAGGAGGACGAGGACGAGGAAGACAAGGAGGACGAGGAGGAGGAUGAGGACGACGACGAUGAGGAGGAGGAGAGCGACGAGGAGCCGGAGAAGGUGGAGGCGACAUCGGCCAGUCAGACGAAGAGGAAGGCGGCCAAGGAGAGCGAGGACGAGAGCAGCGAGAGCGAGGACGACGACAGGACGAAGGAAGAGCGGCUGUACGACCGCGCCAAGAGGAGGAUAGAGAAACGGAGGGCGGAGAACCUGAAGAACGUGGACGUGGACAGACUGAGAUCUCCGGUGGUGUGUGUGCUCGGACACGUCGACACGGGGAAGACCAAGAUCCUCGACAAGCUGCGACACACUCACGUUCAGGACGGCGAGGCUGGAGGAAUCACUCAGCAGAUCGGAGCCACAAACGUCCCGAAAGAGACGAUCGAGGAGCAGACGAGGAUGGUGAAGAACUUUGAGAAAGACAACCUGAGGAUUCCCGGCAUGUUGAUCAUCGACACACCUGGACACGAGUCCUUCAGUAACCUGAGGAACAGAGGCAGCUCUCUGUGCGACAUCGCCAUCCUGGUGGUGGACAUCAUGCACGGCAUCGAGCCGCAGACGCUCGAGUCCAUCAACCUGCUGAAGGAGAAGAAGUGUCCGUUCAUCGUCGCCCUCAACAAGGUCGACCGUCUGUACGACUGGAAGAAGAGUCCUGAAACCGACAUCGUGACCACGCUGAAGAAGCAGAAGAAGAACACCAAGGACGAGUUUGACGAGCGAGCUAAGGCCGUCAUCGUGGAGUUCGCUCAGCAGGGUCUUAACGCCGCCUUGUUCUACGAGAAUAAAGACCCCCGCACGUUUGUGUCGUUGGUUCCGACCUCGGCUCACAGCGGCGACGGGAUGGGAAACCUCAUCGCCCUCCUGGUGGAGCUCACCCAGACCAUGUUGGCCCGCCGGCUAGCACACUGCGACGAGCUGCGAGCUCAGGUCAUGGAGGUGAAAGCUCUGCCCGGUAUGGGAACCACGAUAGACGUCAUCCUGAUUAACGGUCGUCUGCGAGAGGGAGAGACCAUCAUCGUCCCCGGGGUGGAAGGACCAAUCGUGACGCAGAUCAGAGGGCUGCUGCUGCCGCCGCCUCUGAAGGAGCUCCGAGUCAAGAGUCAGUAUGAGAAGCACAAGGAGGUGUCGACGGCUCAGGGAGUGAAGAUUCUGGGUAAAGACCUGGAGAAGGCGCUGGCCGGGCUCCCCCUGCUGGUGGCUCAGAAGGAGGACGAGAUCCCCGUCAUGAGGGAUGAGCUGGUGCGAGAGCUCAAACAGACUCUGAGCUCCAUCAAACUGGAGGAGAAAGGAGUUUACGUCCAGGCGUCCACGCUGGGAUCUCUGGAGGCUCUGCUGGAGUUCCUCCGGACCUCUAAAGUCCCCUACGCUGGUAUCAACAUCGGUCCGGUCCACAAGAGGGACGUGAUGAAGGCGUCUGCGAUGCUGGAGCACGACGUGCAGUACGCGGUGAUCCUGGCGUUCGACGUGAAGGUGGAGAGGGAGAGUCAGGAGAUGGCCGACAGUCUGGGGGUUCGGAUCUUCUCUGCUGAGAUCAUCUACCAUCUGUUCGACGCCUUCACCAAGUACAGAGAGGACUACAAGAAGGCCAAGCAGGACGAGUUCAAGCAUGUCGCCGUGUUCCCCGCCAAGCUGCGAGUUCUCCCUCAGUUCAUCUUUAACUCCAGAGAUCCCAUCGUGAUGGGCGUGACCAUCGAGGCCGGAGUCCUGCGACAAGGGACGCCGCUCUGCGUCCCCUCCAAAGGGUUUGUGGACAUCGGCGUGGUCACCAGCAUCGAGAUGAACCACAAGUCAGUCGACUGCGCGAAGAAAGGCCAGGAGAUCUGCAUCAAGAUCGAGCCCAUUCCCGGGGAGUCGCCCAAGAUGUACGGCCGCCAUUUUGAAGCCACAGAUAUCAUCGUCAGCAAGAUCACGCGGGCGUCCAUCGACGCUCUGAAGAACUGGUUCAGAGACGAGAUGCAGAAAACUGAUUGGCAGUUGAUCAUGGAGCUGAAGAAGACCUUCGAGAUCAUCUGACGGGCCACACACACACACACACACGCAGAGAUUAACACACACACACUUCCUCCCUCUGGUGACGACGACGGAAGGACAAAACAGAAAAGAGAAAAAAAAGACGUGAAAGUGUUUUUCUGUGAGAAACGAACAGUUUUUUCCACUGUUAUAAACAGUGAUAGCUUAGCACACACACACACACACACCCACACACACACACAGUAUUCCAACGUGCCUGUUCUUCAGCAUCGACGUUGUUGUUUUUUUCUUCUUCUCUGCUCUGAUUUGUGGCUGCUGCUUGGUGUCGCAGGCUCCGCCCCCCUCCUCCCAGACUGAGGCUCACGAGCUGAACGAGGCCGGCAAGUCAGCAGAGUCGGCGCUCAGCCAAACCAGGUGCAUUAUGGGAUUGUUUUUGUGCAGCACCAGGGCUGGAGGAGGAAAAUGCGAGUUGUAUUUUUUUUUCCUUUCUUUCCACAAAACACCAAAAUCAUUGAAGAAGCAGCAGCGACGACUUUAAAGACUUGAAGAGCUGACUCGUGUUCUCCGUCGGCCAUGUUGGAGGGGGGGGGGGGUGCCAGAGGGUGUAACCUCUGGAAGAUUUUAAACUGUUUCUGCUGCAACUGCUGAUGUAAUAAAUUCCCAUGAUUCUCAUGAA